AUGAAGUCUAACGCUGUUAUUGCCGUUCUUUUCUCACUCAGUGGUUCUGGGGUUUUUGCUGGCCCUUGCAAACCUGUAACUUCACAGGCCACUCAGGUUACGUCUGCAACCACGGAGGAGUCCACUUUCAUUGACUUGACUACCACUAUCACGGCAUCUGAGACCACCGCCGAAUCCCUCAUUCCCUCUACCACCGAUGUGGGCUCGGAGACCACCGUGGAUUCUACUGUCGAGUUAACCACGACCACUGCGAUUGCCGAAACCACGUCCAAGGAUACAGAUGCAACCACUACAACCUCUGAGCCGUCAACGACUACAACAAGCCCCCUUCAAUGCCCUACUCCAGACACUUGCAACAAUCUAGGCUUCGACUGGGCCUACUUUAGCAACCCUGCUCAGAACACCGAUACCACAUACUCCAACUUUGUUCCUCAGUCCUUCAAGCAAGACAAUCCUAUUUCGGUCGGCACCACCAGUAGGAUCGGUGGACUAUACCAAAGUGGGAAUGGCGCCGCAGGGCCUAUCUACGGUACAAGCAACAGCUUUCCCUUGGACUACUUCGCUUUGAACCACCAUGGCUACCUCUAUUCCUGCGAGGCUGGCACUUACAAGUUUGACAUCCCGUAUGCUAACGACGCUGUGUAUCUCUGGCUUGGUGCAAAGGCGUAUGCUGGAUGGACAUCGAGCAAUGCUGAUGCCAAGGCUCUCUACAACCAGCCUGACCAUAUUCCUGGUAGUGCUUCUUUCGAAGUUACUUUGCCCGCCAGUGUAUACAUUCCUAUUCGGUUGGUGUAUGGACAAGCACAAUAUGGUGGUGGUUUCACGUUCAAGGUCACUGCCCCUAGUGGACAGGUCCUUGUUGAUGAUGAUGUUGAUGCUAGUCCAUAUGUUGUACGAUAUUCCUGCGAUGGAGUCUCUGCACCUCAGUACCCACCGUUUGGUCAGGAGAUUUGA